GGCGGGGCUCGAGUUCACAGACCCGGAAUUUGACGACGUAACGGUGAAUCUUAGGGUAGCCAUGUCCGGGAGCUUCGAAUUGCCUAGUGAAAACGUUCGGAUGAGAUUGCCGCCCUUUUUACUAGAAAUGUCAGGCGGGCUGGAGCUUGUCAAGCGGGCAGUAGCCGACCUCGUCAACCUGACGUUUGAAGACACGGUGGUCCACCGAGAGCGUUACCGGGCCUUCCUGGAAAUGGGGUCAUUCAGCGGUGAGCAGAGGUAUGAGGUACUGCGAAUCUUGCGCGCCGUAUUUACCACUAGGCCUAGAGCUCCGGUUGUUAGCGAUGAGGUUCUAUGGGGGGUUGUUCGACAAGAGGUAAGGCGGGGAAUGGCUUACAUAGAUGACCUGUACCGCUUGGAUGAGCCGACGGAAGUAGGGACGGAAUAUAAGGCGAGGCUUAUAGAAGAGAUGAUGACUGGGAACGAAGGAGACCUUCAGGGAGAAGGGUCACGAGAGGAACGCAGGGCCAGCCAGGGCGAAGUCAGGCACGGAGGGAAGGGUAAUAGUUAUAGGGGAACACACAACAAGAAAGGGAAGGAAAAGGGGGACUCCCCGACCGUAGAAGCAGAAAAGGCUACGACCCCACCUGCUAUGCACAAUGGUGUUAGCCGUCUGCCUGCCACGCCGAAAGUAACGAAGGGGUGCGACGGACUUUGGAGUCUCAGAGAAAGGGUGUCAGGAUGGUUUGAUCCGGAGGGUACGCCAAAGGCCGAGGAAAAGCAGAGGGACAGUAAGGAAGGAGAAGGGACCAGUACAGCCGGUGAAGCAGGUAGCUUUGAUGGAGGUCUCAAGAGGAUAGUAGCCACCCUCACUCGAGCUCUGAAUAAGAAUCAGGGAUAUCUUGAGGACGCCAAGAAGAAACUCAUUUUUGACGGGGCGAACAUUACAGAGUUCCUGAUAGACUACGAGAACCUAGCAGCCUUGUUGAAAUGGAGUGAGGAAGAAAAGAUGGACCACUUAGGGCGGCAUGGGUCGUUAAGCUUAGGAAGGGACAUUAUGGCUAUCGUCGCCGCUAGUGGAUCGUGGAAAGAGACCCGAAACGAGAUGAUGAGGAAAUACCUAAAGGCAGAGAAAAUGGCAACAAAAGCUGAGUUGGCAGCGGUCCAAAGGAAGAACUAUGCGACCUACAAUGGCUUCCUGAGGGCAUUUACCCUAGUAGCGUUACGGAUUCCCGGGGUAACAGACCGGAUAAUGAGCAAGUAUUUCCUUAGGCAGUUCUCCGAGUUCGACAAAGAUAAGAUCCUAUCGGCCUACCAGCAGAUUAGUAAGUUUGAGUACACAAGGGAUGUGGACUUCAGCACAAUAACAGACCUCGCAGAAAAGACAGUGGUGACCGAGACGCCAGCCCUGCUUAAGGAAGGAGAGGUUAUAUACCUGACCGGAAAAACAGGGGAUAAGGUCAAGAAGGGGAUAGAAAGCCUGCAUGAACGAGUGCACGGGGUUGAUAACAAGAUAGAAAGAGUGGAGAACGCGCUACUAGUAAUGCAAGCGCAAGUAUCCCGCCCCGCCCUCCCGCCCCAAGAGGCCGUAGUUCCGGCAGCAGUAGCAAAUCGAGGGUAUGGCAGGAGGGAUCUGACCAAUGAGCAAUGCAAGUAUUACACAAUGAUCUGACAUUUUGUGCGGACCUGCCCAAGACUCAACCAUGAUAUUAUGAGGCAAAGAUGCAGUAGGUCCCUUAAAGGUGAAAUUUUCGG